CGUGAAAUAAAUUCAGUGACCGUUCGUUAAUAAAUAAAUACCGCGAAUUAGAGUCAGUGCUUCUCAACCAAUUUCGAUGUCCUACCUGAUUUUCAACCAACUACGAAUCAUCCAUCUUCAAUUUCGACUUAAAUCGUGAUCCAGUGUUUUGGAGCCAUCGUAGAACUUCUUAAGUAAUCCAGGAGGAGGUGACAGUGGUGGAACAUUAAUAUGUGCUGGUUGCCUUAAUGCGAUUGACGAAGAUGAGUUUAUACAGGCGUUGAGUCAAGAAUGGCAUAUAGAUUGUUUUCGAUGUUCCGUAUGCGAUAUUGGUCUUUCCUCUUGGUAUUUUGAGAAAGAUGGCUUACUUUUCUGUAAAGAUGAUUAUCUGGCUGCUUACGGAGAAGCCUGUCAAGGUUGUGGCCAAAUCAUUACUGGACCGGUUAUGCUGGCUGGUGAUCACAAAUUUCAUCCAGAAUGUUUUGCCUGUAAUUCCUGUGGAGCUUUUAUCGGAGAUGGAGAGAGUUACGCGCUUGUGGAAAGAUCUAAACUUUACUGUGGAGUUUGCUACAAAAGGCAAAUGCAACCGCUUAGCAGAACAGCUAAUCAUCCAUUUGUUAGGAAACCACAUAGCAUUAGAUUGGUGGAAAUACCUCCAAGUACAACCAAUCCUGAUAAGCAAAGAGAAAUUAAACUUACGUUAGAUACAGCUCCUAAUCCUCGCAGUUGUGGUGCAUUACUUCGUAUCUCUGCGUUAAUGAGAAAUGUUCGUGGAAAGAUCAGUAAGCUGCUGGCCUCUGUGAUGGAGGUUCUGUUUAGGCUAUGCUGCCACUUCUCUAAUCAUAGAUUAAAUAUGUCCAGUGAUCUCAUGUCUUUACAUAUCGGAGAUCGAAUAUUGGAAGUAAAUGGUACACCUGUAAAAGAUCAGCCAGUAGAAAGUAUAGAAAAUCUCAUACAGUAUUCUGACACAGUUUUACAGUUGACCAUCGAACACGAUCCUGAUGCAAUGUCACGUCGUUUAACGUUUCCUACACCACCGCCAGCAUUACUGACAACCGCAAGUCCAAGAACGAGUCCAGAAAAUAAAGAAAGGCUUUUCAAACGUCGUGACGAGGGUUAUAUCAGUGGAACACGAAGUAGACAAUUGAGAAGAACGAGAGAUCCUAUGCACAAAGAACGUAGCAGUUCGAUGUCACGUUUAUUAGACGGAACAACUCCAACGAAUCCAACGUGCGACUUAAGUCGAACCAGAUCUUUCCGUGUAGAGCCAAAAAAUCAAAGAAUAUUUCGAGCGAGCGAUUUGGUGAAAGGUGAACUUUUGGGAAAGGGAUUCUUUGGUCAAGUUUUCAAGGUCACUCAUAGAGACACGAACGAAGUUAUGGUGCUGAAAGAAUUGUACAGGGUAGACGAAGAUGCACAAAAGAAUUUUUUAAAAGAAGUCGCCGUAUUACGUUCGUUACAUCACAACAAUGUUCUACGUUUCAUCGGUGUUCUUUACAAGGACAAAAAGUUACAUUUAGUUACCGAGUACAUAUCGGGUGGUACAUUGAGAGCUCUUCUUCACGAUACCAACGAACCAUUGCCAUGGGAGCAACGAACGUCUUUUGCAAAAGAUAUUGCUGCUGGUAUGGCAUAUUUACAUUCCAUGAAUAUAAUACAUCGUGACUUAAAUUCCCACAAUUGUUUGGUACGGGAAGACAAGACCGUCGUUGUGGCAGAUUUUGGCUUAGCCAGGAUCAUACAAAACGGGAAUUCCCCGGAUAAUCGUAAAUACAAUAGACAUUCCGAUGGAGAAGCAAAGACGUCGAAGAAAGAACGUAAAAAGAGAUAUACAGUCGUUGGAAAUCCAUAUUGGAUGGCACCUGAAAUGAUGAAGGGUAACAAGUACGACGAAAAAGUAGAUAUAUUCAGUUUUGGAAUAGUCGUUUGUGAGAUAAUAGGACGAGUACAAGCCGAUCCGGAUUAUCUACCAAGAUCUUCGGACUUUGGAUUGAAUCAGAAUGCAUUUAAAGAAAAAUUUUGUGCUAAUUGUCCGGAAACGUUUUAUAUGAUCGCCUUUCUCUGUUGCGAUUUAAAUCCAGACAAAAGACCACCCUUCGAGCUUAUGGAAAUUUGGUUGGAAGGAUUAGCGAUGCAUUUGUCCGUAGGAGCACAUUUACCACCUGACUUAGACUUUGACAUCAGACAUUACACGGGACCUAGUCCGAGCAGUAGCGAAUCAACAACUCCAGAAACUUUAGUUCCACAAUUGAAGCCUAUUAAAGAAGGUCAGGUGCAUCAGGAAAAGAAACGCUCAAGCGGUUGCGACGAUAGUACAUUGGAAAGAGAAUUCGAAUGCGUAGAGAAGGAAUUACCUCGUAGUUCCGAGUUGAUAAACAUUCGAGGAAGAUAUACCAGACAGAAUAGUAAACCAAACGAAAGCGCAGCGUGUUCGAAUCGGUACGGAAGGCAAAAUUCGAAAUGUAAAGAAGCAGUGGAAAGAGAGAAGCCGGAUAUCGUUAUAUCGCACGAUUGUACCGACUAUAAUCGAUAUUUACGUCAGAACAGUAAACAAAAGGAUGUGGUAAAAGUCGACGAGACCGAAUAUCUGAAUCUGAAUCGAGUACCAACUCUUGAGAAAAUAAGAUACGUAGGAAAUUCAAAUCCUUGCAGCUUCACGUCGGACGGUCCGUCUGAAUUCCGUAAGGUCGACAACAAAUGUUCCUACAAAUUAAACAACAACAACAACAACAACAACAAUAAUAACAACAAUAACAAUAACGUGCAUACCAAAAGCAUGAGCGGUGAGUCCAGCGAAUCGAACUUAGGUACGCCAUCGAGUAACAAAACUAAACAGGAUGGAAAAUUUAAGAUACCCGACGCGGGGAAUAUCGUUGGCUCGUAUCUAAGACAAAUAGGAAAGACGAUAGGCACGACCGAUAAGGAAAAUAAAUCUUCUAACAGUCAAAACGGCGUUAGCUCUGGUUUCACCGAUUACAAAAAGACAACGGUACCAGGAGAAACGAUCAAGUCAUCAGGUAGUUCUUAUUUGAGAAGGACGAGGAUAUCACCGACUAAGGAGACAACGAAGAAUGCGUUUCAAGCAAAGGAUAACGUUUCGACCGAUGUUGUCGUCAAGCCGAUUGAAUCAACGACAUCAGUGUCAAGUGCCAAAGAGUUGGUUCCGAGUCAUAAUACAUCAGAUAACGGAUUAUCUAGACAAGCUAGUGUACUUUCUGAUGUUGGUAGUAUAUUAUCUAGACAAGGAAGUCUCACGGUAUAUGGUAGUUCGUCUAAAAUCAAGGAAAACAAUCUACCUUAUCUUCGAAGUACGUCGACGGGCGAUGAGAAACAUUUGGAGUCUAAGAUUAACACGGAAAGAUGUACAACGACCUAUCAAAACCGUGAACUACGUGAUCUUUCAUUUGAUCCUACUAGAACGGAUGAGAGACAACGUUACAUAAUAUCUCAUCGUCUAGAAAAUACACAAGCUAUGUUGGACGAUCCUAAAACUUCUGUCAUCAACUCGAAGUGUCUUUACGAUAGCGGAUUCAAAUUAUCAGCGAAUGCUUUGGCCGAGUAUGCCGAGUGUUACAAAAAUUUAGAUCUCUGCAGGCAGGAUAGUUUUGGUAGCGAUAGUGCAGUUGGUACUAUGAAGAGCGAUUUUUUUGCUGAUUUAGGUUUCGUCAAAUUGAAGGAUGGUAGAUUGACACCGGACAUCAGUCACACUCCUGAAAGGUGCUGUACACCUAACAGACCGACAUCUCCUAUAGAAAGUACUGCUUUGUAAAAAAAGGAAAAAAAUGUAAAAAGAAAAAGAAAGAAGAACAGCCAUCGAACUCGUUUAAUGUAAUUUAGAAAAAGUCCGAAGGGUGUGUGAUAUUUUAUCGAAGGAUAACUCAUAUUAAUUCACUAAUUCUGAUCUCGUUAAUGUUAAAUAAUUUCCGAAUCUUUACGUUUCUAUUUUAUCGUUUUCUUUAAUUUCUUUUUUUUUUUUAUCUCUAAUGAUUGAUUAUUUUUUCCGUCUCUGUUCUCUUUGUAAUCUUCGCAGAACAUCCGUAGUACGUGGCUUUGCGUAGAAACGAAUCUUUAAUAUUGUUACUAUUUGAUAUAUAUAUAUAUAUAGACAGUAUUAAUGAAUCUCAUUUUUGCUACAAAUUUUUUAUCGAAACGAACGAAAAAUAGGUGUGUAUGUUACUUACAUAUGUUACGUGCACUUGCUGUGGUAACGAGGUGUAUUUUUUUCAUCGACUACAUCUCGUCGGAAAAAAAAGAAAUACAAAGAAAGAAAGAAAAAAAAAAAAAGAAAGAGAAACAAGAAGGGAAGUAAAAAGUAAUUAUAACAGCAAUUGCAUUCCUACGAUUUUUCUUGCCAUUUAUAUUAUUCUUUUUUCUUUUUUUUUCGUCCGACGGCGUGUAAUUCCGAAUACGAGUACAAAUAAUAUUGGGAUUUCUUUUUAAAUAAUAAUUAUGAUAAUUAAUCGCAUUAGUUUAUGGCUAAUUAGACAGCAUUUAUAGACGAUUGAUUUCUUUUUUUUUUCCACCAUUAAGUUAAUGAUAAUUCGACUGAUCGGAAUUUUCUUUUUGAGAAAAUGACGGUGCAAUGAUUAAUAAAUUGCACCAUCGCAUCCCCAACGAAGAUGCAUCGAGAAGACUAAUAUACAUACAUAUAUAUAAAUAUAUAUAAAUAUCUAACGUAUAACCAUUCCAUCCAAGAUGAUCCUUGAAAAGGUGUAAAAAGUUUUUUAACAAUCUAAUCGUAUCAAAAACUUGUGCUCUUUGAGAUAAAAAGAAGAAAAAUAAAAAAACAAAAAAAGAAAAGAAAAAAUAAUAAAAAUAAAUAAUUAGACGAGAUAAGUACGCCGAAAAAAAGAACGGAAAGUGAAAGAGAAACAAACACAUGUACGAAGAUCUUGUACGAAGAAAAAAAAAAAGAAAAGAUAAGAAGAAAAAAAAAGAGAAGAGAAGAAAUGUUGGGAACGUCGGCGAAUUGUGCUCCUUUUUUUCUUUAAAAAUGACUAUAAACUCGGUUUGUAGAAUAGAUUGUAAAAAAACGAAACAGGUGGUGUAUAUUUGCGAUUUUUUUUUUUCUUUAGAAAAAAGAAACAUAAAAGAGAGAAGUUAUGCGAAUGUAUAGAUCUUAUAUAUCGAUGUACAUUAAAUAUUUAGAUGCACAUCAUCAAUAUCUUCGUUACAGUACGUGUAACAAGUAUUACGAUGAUGAAUUUUUUAUUCGAUCAUUUGAAACACAUUAAUUAUUAAGAAAUUAAUGUUAUUAUGAGUAACGAAGAUAUCGAUGGGUGUGAAAGAAAUAUAGAAACGAUAUGUAUAAUACAGAUUAUUUGUAUAUAAUUUUGUAUAUGUAUAUAUAUAUAGACACAGAUACAGUACACAGAAUGAAAACACAUGCAUAAACUAAUUUCUAGAUUGAUCACGUUAAACUUUAACAUUGAAUAACACGUAACAACUAUUUCGAGCUUUAUAUUUGUAAAAUAGAAACUCUUAUUAUAAUCCGUCGUUAUUUGCGUGUACCUAUGCAUAUACAAAAGGAAUCACACAUACAUACAUACAUACAUACAUACACAUAUAUACACGUGUACACGAGCUUCCUGUUGUUUGAUGCACUUUUAAAAACAAAUAUUUGUCAUCUGUGAUAAUCAAAAAUAAGAAUUAAUUCUUUUCAUUUGAAUAUCAUAGUUUCAACAUACUACAUCGAGGAAAAUAAAAACCCUAUUGUGUGUGUGUGUGUGUGUGUGUGGACGUAUGAACGAGUGUGUAAAGCUUAUUAUUAUAUAAUGUAUAAAAUUAUUGUCAUUUUCUUCUGUCUGAUUCGACAAGAAAAUGAAUUGUAUAAUAUUUUCCAUGAAAUCUUAAAAAGUGAUUCAUUAACGCGACGUAUGUAUAUGUGUACGACAAUGAAGUUUUUAAUCAAAUUUUGGAUUAUUAUCUUGGAGAGAACAUUGAAAAAAUCUAUCAAAUUCGAAUGCCUACAUUGUUCAAAAAAAAAGAAAAAACAAGAGAACAAUAAGACGAAACAAAAGAAAAUAAAACAAAAAGAAAAAGAAGGGCUAUGAAAUGUUUAAAUCGUUCGAUCCAUUAACUCGAACCACAAAUAAUUACGUAAAUUAUCCGAAUAAAGACGGAAAUGAGUUUACUAUUUCGCUCUAAUGUUUCUAACAAUCAUUAGUCUCAAAUAUCGACGACUUAACGACCCUAAUUUGAUCUGAAAAGGGAAACGAAUGACGAUUGUAAAAAAAAGCGUGCAUCGUUAAUUAUUUCCUCCUAGUUGAAACGCAUGCAUACACAUAUACACAAAUAAAAACACAUGAAACACAUCGUAUAUCUUCGUAAGAAGAAUUAGAAGAAGACAGACAGUAUUACUCGCUCGCAUCGUUGCUCGUUAUCUCUCUAUUUAUCUAUCUAUCUUUCUAUCUGUCUUUCUAUUUUACGCGCGAGAUAAUAAAAGAACGUGUGAAAUUUAAACAUCGUUCCUCGUAGCAGCGUGUUGGCGAGCAUCAAGAAUCCUGUAAAGUUCUGUAAAGAUAUACUUGGGGACGUGUAGAUGCGUUAUUUUUAUAGGUGUUAUUAUACGAAAGUUAUUGUACGGGCAAACAAGAGAAUGUAAUUCGCUUACUUUAUUCGGUUCAUUUAAACGUACCGAAGAAGAAGAACAAGAUUCUUUGCAAACUUAAGGUUUGAUCGAAAAAUCGUACUUAUUCGCACGUUUAUCGUAACGAAAAAAAAAAGAAAAAAAGAAAAAAAAAGAAAGAAAGAAAGGAAGAAAGAAAGAAAGAAAGAAAUGAAAUAAUUUUCAAAUCUGACGAAUCAACAAGGGUCGAUUAAAUGAUUAAUGAGAAAAGACAAAAAAGCGUGACGUAUAAAAUGCGCUCGAAAUAUGUAAUAACGAUAAUAAUAAUAAUAAUAAUAAUAAUAAUAAUAAUAAUAAUAAUAAUAAUAAUAAUGAUGAUGAUGAUGAUGAUGAUGAUGAUGAUGAUGAUGAUGAUGAUGAUGAUGAUGAUGAUGAUGAUAUAAUAUUAUAAUAAUAAUAAUAAUAAUAAUAAUAAUAAUAAUAAUAAUAAUAAUAAUAAUAAUAAUAAUAAUAAUAAUGUAAUGAGUUAAUGAUAACGAUGAUAACGAUAAUAACAAUUGUGGAAGUUAUUGGAUAACGUGCAUAAACAGAUUCCAUUGAAAUUUCUGAUCAAGAUCGAUACCAAAAGAAAGAUAACACAGAGGUAAACGAAAUCAUUUAGAUCGUCAAUUUCUCUUUGCGUUUAACGAACCGAAGUUUUGCUCAAGAAUUUUUAAGCUUUUCGAUUUCUACAAUACUAUCCGCCAAAUCAUCGUCGAGAAUGCUCUAAGCUCGUUUCAAAAUUUCGUUGAAUUUUCCACGGAGGUUUCACGUGGAAUUUGUAAUAAUUAUUUGUAUAGAAAUAUUAUAUUAAAAAAUGGGCUUAACAAACUAAUCUCGAUGAUGUUCGUUGGAGGCUAUAGGGUCUUAUAAAAUGAAAGAAUGCAUUUAAGAAUGAAGUUUUAUACCUUUAGUACUCGUUACCUGUAAAUUCGAUGAAUCCUUUUGUGCAGAGUUUUAUGUAACUAUAUAGGGAACAAGUGUUUUAUUUAACAUUCCGAUAAUGCAUUACAAGAAAAAAAAAGGAAAAGAAAAAAAAAAGAGAGAGAGAGAAUAGAGAAAUAAACUGUUGACGGUAAA